CAGGGAGGCUCCCUUUCCGGAUGUGUCCGGACCGGCCAUUGUGCGCGCCGGUUCCCUCUGCGGGUGACGGCUCCGAUCGUCCCCCUGUCCCGCUUCUCUGUCUCUUCGCGGAGCCCGGCGGGUCCGGGACUCUGUCUCGGAGGCUGCGGGCGCCGGCGCCGGCGCCGACAUGUGGCCGUGGGAGGAGCAGGGGGGCCUCCUGGCCUCCUUCUCCUUCCUGUUCUCGCUGCUGCUCAUCCUGACCCGCAGCCCCUUCAACUCCUGCCUCUUCACCUUCAGUUUCUACCUGCUGCUGCGCUUCUUCAGCUUCGAGCCGGUGCCCAACCGCCGGGCCCUGCAGGUGCUGAAGCCCCGCGGCCGCAUCUCCGCCAUCGCCCACCGCGGCGGCUGCCACGACGCCCCCGAGAACACGCUGGCCGCGAUUCGGGAGGCAGCUAAGAAUGGAGCAACAGGUGUGGAGCUGGACGUUGAAUUUACAGCAGAUGGCAUUCCUGUCCUAAUGCAUGACGAGACAGUAGAUAGGACUACUGAUGGAACAGGUCGUUUGAAUGAUAUGACAUUUGCUGAAGUUAGGAAACUUAAUCCAGCAGCAAACCACAGAUUGAGGAAUAAUUUCCCUGGUGAAAAAAUACCUACCCUGAAGGAAGCCAUUAUGGAAUGCCUAGAUCAUAACCUCACAAUCUACUUUGAUGUCAAGAGCCAUGCAGCUAUGGCUGCUGAGGCUCUAAAACAUAUGUAUAUGGAAUUUCCUAGGUUAUACAACACCAGUAUUGUCUGCUCUUUCAUGCCAGAAGUUAUCUAUAAGAUGAGGCAAGCAGACCGUAAUGUUGUGACAGCUUUAACCCAUAGACCUUGGAGCCUUAGUUAUUUUGGAGAUGGAAAACGACGCUAUGAUUGUUUUUGGAAGCAUUUUUUUUAUAUGCUGUUGGAUAUUCUCCUAGAUUGGAGUUUACAUAAUAUCUUGUGGUACCUCUGUGGAAUUUCAGCUUUUCUUAUGCAAAAGGAUUUUAUAUCUAUGGCCUAUUUGAAGAGAUGGUCAGCUAAAGGGAUUCAUGUUGUUGCUUGGACUGUGAAUACAUAUGAAGAGAAAAAAUUCUAUGAAAGCCAUCUUCAAUCCAGCUAUAUAACUGACAGCAUGUUAGAAGAUUGUAGCCCUCAUUUCUAAACGACUAUCCUUUUGCAGGGACUCUGGUUUCAGAAACCUCUGCUGUCCUUAUUCAGGAAAUCUAAAUACCUGGAUAAUAGCCCUGAGUUCUCAAGGAUCAGGUGGUUCACAGAAGUGUUGGUCAGAAAUUGCAUUUUAACUUGAAUCAGAGCAGAAUGGUGUGGUUGGCACUAAAUUCUGUAGUAUGCUUGAGUUCGUCAUGGCUGAUCUUGGGGAAUUGGUUCUGUGAGGAGGUUUGCCACUGCUUGCCCCUAAUCCAACUGAGUUAUUUACUCAGUAGUGAUAAGCACAGAUUCAUGUAAUUUGUAUGUAUAAAAAAAAUUACUGCAAAUGUAUGCAAAAUGCAUGUUGACUCGGACUGAACUUUUCUUACUUUGCACACUUUAUGUAUUCUUCAACUAUUUGUAUUUGGCCAUGUUGAACAAUGUAUUAUGGAAGUUAGAUUUGGGAACCAUACUAAUGAAAUUGUUAAGAUGUAUAUUAAUCAUAUAAUACCCUAAGUAAUAAACAAUUUGUGAAAAAUAUCGGGUGUAAUACAGUGAACACAGUUUACUUAUUCAUAUUACUACUAGGUUCUAUGAAGGGCAUGCUCACUAUUAACAUUUAUAGCAGGUUAAACCAAAUCAUGAAAGAGAGGGAUUGAGAGAAAGAAAAAAAAAGAAAGGAAGAUGGAUAUAAAUAUAACUGUACUCUCUAGUGACUACAGCAAAUAACUAUCUUUUAGAUCUUCAUGAAUUCAUAUUAUAUAGUUUCCAUUGCUGCUUCAAGUGAGCUAAAUUAUAUAAUAUUGCCACAAUAGUUUAAGAAUAAAUAUCUUGGGAGUUCUUCAUAAUGGCUUCUUAGACCUCCCAUUAAAUCUCUCUACCAAAAAAAUGAACCAUUUUUUCCCCAAAGCUUUCUUCCAGACUGAAGAAUAUAUUAUAGCUAAGAGUAACCUCUUUAAACCAGUCCUAAUUAACCUACUACAUACUGUAUUGCUCCUAAGCCAUUUCAGAUUUUCUCUUUCACUUCAUGUUGUAUAUAUCUGUCAGCCCCAACUCUUAACAUCUUUGGCACUUAAAUUGAGCACUCUUUUGAGGAUCAUAGACUUAUAGAAAAAAUAUUUCAGGAUUAAUUCAGUAUAUCAGGGAUUUCUUCAGUAGGAUACUUUCCAAUCUUAGACACUUUAUUAGAUAAUUUUCAUAAGUAGCUGUCCAAAAAUAUUCAUCAUAUAGUGAAUAAGCCCCUU